AUGUUGGGCUGGUGCCAAGCGAUAGCUCGUAACCCUCACAGACUUCCAAACAGCACAAGAACACCCGAGGUCUCAGGUGAUGCUUCACAUAACUCUACUUUGAAUGACAAAUCCCCAGGGCGUUCCACAAGUCGAUCAAGUAAUAUUUCAAAGGCAAGCAGUCCUACAACAGGAACAGCUCCCAGGAGUCAAUCUCAGUUGUCUGUCUGCCCCUCCACUCAGGACAUUUGUAGGAUCUGUCACUGUGAGGGAGAUGAUGAAAGCCCCCUCAUCACGCCGUGUCGCUGCACGGGGACGCUGCGCUUUGUCCACCAGGCCUGCCUGCACCAGUGGAUCAAGAGCUCGGACACGCGCUGCUGCGAGCUCUGCAAGUACGACUUCAUCAUGGAGACCAAACUCAAGCCCCUCCGGAAGUGGGAGAAAUUACAGAUGACAACAAGUGAGAGGAGAAAAAUCGUUUGUUCAGUCACAUUCCAUAUAAUUGCAAUUACCUGUGUUGUUUGGUCAUUGUAUGUUUUAAUUGACAGAACGGCUGAAGAAAUUAAACAAGGCAAUGAUAACGGUGUCCUCGAAUGGCCGUUUUGGACAAAACUCGUUGUGGUGGCCAUUGGAUUCACAGGAGGCCUGGUCUUCAUGUAUGUGCAGUGUAAGGUUUACGUCCAGCUGUGGCGCAGGUUGAAAGCCUACAACAGAGUGAUCUUUGUUCAGAACUGCCCAGACACCAUCAAAAAACUGGAGGAGAAAAGCUCUCCGUGCACUCAGCCCUCGGAGGUGAAGGACGCGGUGGUGGUGCCAGUAGCACAGACAGGUACAAACUCUCAGCCGGCGGCGGAAGAGGCGACGUCGGAGGUCAUGCCAGUUUGACACGGACAGCAUUGCUUCUUCCUUGCAGAGUAAGCUGUAGUGUCUGCUACACUACAAAUGCUACAAGAAAGUAGAAAUGACUGUGCAUUUUUUCAGUUAAAGAAGACC